AAAACCACGCCGAACCUCAGCGAGUCUGCGCAGAGCUGCACAUAUCCGGGGACUUCUCGUUGCGUCACGUGGUACUCUUCCUCUUGAAGAAGCCGGUCAGUCGCCAAGUUCGACGAAUUACCUGUCGUCAAUAACUUGAACUUCAUCAAAAUGGGUGAACCAGCACUGAUUGCAAGUGACAAAAUCUCCUUUGUGGAGAACUUUGCGCUUAGUGGUUCUGCAGCCAUCAUCUCAAAAACUGCUGCUGCUCCCAUUGAAAGAGUCAAGCUGCUUGUCCAGAACCAAGAUGAGAUGAUUAGAACUGGACGUUUGGACAAGCCAUACAAGGGCGUCAUUGACUGCACACUGAGAACCUUUCAGAAUGAGGGUUUUCUUCCAUUCUGGCGUGGAAACAUGGCCAACUGCAUUCGGUAUUUUCCCACGCAGGCUUUGAAUUUUGCCUUCAAAGAUAACAUCAAGGCAAUGUUCAGCAGCGCCAAAAAUGAAAGCUAUGCCCUGAAGUUUGGCAAGAAUGUAAUGUCUGGUGGUGUCGCUGGAGCGAUGUCCCUUUGCUUUGUCUACUCUCUUGAUUACUGCCGAACACGUUUAGCCAACGAUGCCAAGGCUGGAAAGAAAGGUGGGGAGCGUCAAUUCAAUGGCAUGAUUGAUGUGUACAAGAAGACCAUUGCAUCUGAUGGUAUAGUUGGACUCUACCGUGGUUUCGUCAUUUCAUGCGUUGGUAUUGUUAUCUACAGAGGCUGCUACUUCGGUUUCUAUGAUACACUGAAACCAAUCAUCAUUGGUGAUGGUGGCAGCUUCCUAGCAUCAUUCGCUCUUGGUUACGUUGUAACAAUCAGCGCUGGUCUGGUGUCCUACCCCGUUGACACCAUCCGAAGAAGAAUGAUGAUGAGGUCUGGUGAGGGUGUCAAAUACAAGGGAGCCAUUGAUUGCACAAUGCAGAUUCUGAAGAAUGAGGGAUUCAUGUCGUUGAUGAAGGGUGCUGGGGCCAACAUCCUGAGAGGUGUGGCAGGUGCAGGUGUCCUGUCCGGCUUCGAUAAGUUCAAGGAGCUCUACCUUGGCUGGCGUCUGGGACCGAAUAAAUAAGCAUAUAAACUUUAGGCCCACAAUUAUUCAGUGCUGACAUUAAAAUUUGCAGUGACAUUGGAAAGAUGAUACAAAAUAAAUUAACAUAACAAGAAAAUGUGAAUUUUUGAUAAUAGUUUGUUGUUUACAAGUGUAACAAGGGUGUAUUGUAUUAUCAAUGUUCAAUGUUUGCUGUUAUAUUUUCACCAGGAACAUUAAAAGAUUGUAAUAGUU